AUUUUGCGUCCGAAUAGAAAUGAAAAAGAUUAGUGAGUAAAUUAUUGAGAACUGCACGAAACUUUAGCAAAUACUCUAAGUCCGUGACAAGGACAUGAUCAUAAAUGGGUUGGCAACAAUGUUGAAGAAAUUUACUUUAAAGUCAUGACUUUAGUUUUUACUAAAAGACAAAGUUGAAAGAAAAUCUUGUUUUUUUUUUCUCUUAUUCUCUGCUUCAUUUACUCACACUUGAGAAAAGGGUAAGAUCUUUCUAUUGUUCUAGCACUUGUGAUUCAUUUGAUUCCUAAUAUUGAUAUAUGUUGUCAAAGAUUGAUUCUUUUUUAUCUACUUAUUGUUCUUGCACUUAGUACUAAUUUGAUGUAUGUAUUUGUAUAUGUUACCUGUACAUAGUGAAAGAAGACAAAAUUCCCUUAUUUAAUGUUCCCUAAAACCAUAUUUGAAGAGUUGGGCGGAGUCAGGAUUUGAAUCUUAUGGGUUCAGUUUAAGACGAAUUCAAGAUUCGGAUCAAAGUUACUGAGUUGGGUCAAACCUUAACCUAUAUUGUAGUUCUGCCCCUAGUUGAAUGGCCUUAGCUGCUGUGACUGUCUGUUUAGAGACCCUUGAUCAGAUAUUUAGUCCAAACCCUUAUCUGAAUGAUCUUGAUAAAGAUGAAAAUUGUAAGUUUCUUUCAGAAAAACUUAGUGUUUUCCAGAGAUUUCUUGUGGAUUCUAGUAAUAAGUGCAAUGAUGUUGAAAUGGUGGAAGAUUUGGAGAGACGGAUUCGAGAUGUGUCGUAUAGAGCACAAGAUUAUGUUGAGGAAAUGGUUUUCUUUAGCUGGAAAAGUUUGGACCUAGUAGAGUGUUAUGAUAGGGUGUAUAGCACCAAGGAGUGUUUGUCCCAAAUCGUUGAUGAAAUCGAAUUGAUUGAAUUGGAAGUGAUGAAGAUGUAUGAGCAAAUGUCUUGUUACAAAAAACCUAAUGAAUCUGAGUGCUAUUUGCUUGAUAGUUCAGCAGAAAAAAGUCCAGUAGUACAAGACAUUGUGGUUGGCCUAGACGACGAUGUGUUGGAAAUAAAAACCCGGCUUUGCUCUUUCUCGUCUAAGUUGGAGGUUGUCACUCUUGUUGGUAUGGGUGGUAUAGGCAAAAGCACCCUUGCUAGAAUGGUUUACGAUGAUCCCCUCAUCAAAUAUCACUUUAGUAUUUGUGCUUGGGUCACGGUGAAAGAUCGUCAAAUGAAAGGAUUGUUGAUUGGUCUACUUGAUGAUAUUGUUGAGUUUACUGAUGAGAUUCAUGAGAAACAUAGUGAGCAAUUGGAAGAAAUGUUGUAUAGAAGGUUAAGGUUUAAUCGGUAUCUCAUCGUCUUGGAUGAUGUGUGGACUACAGAGAAUUGGGAUCGUAUAAAAAGGUGUUUCUCAGAUGACAAGAAUGGAAGCCGAAUAUUACUAACCACCCGACUUAUGAAUGUAGCAUUACAUGCUAAAUCCAAUAUCCCUCCAUACUGCUUAAAAUUCUUGGAUUCGGAGGAAAGCUGGGAACUUCUACGUCAUAAGGUGUUUGGAAGUAAACAUGACCAUCUGGAAUUAGAGGAUAUUGGGAAAAAGAUUGCAGAACAAUGCCAAGGACUACCUCUAACGAUUCUCGUUAUUGCUGGCCAGCUAUCUAAGAUAGAAAGGACUAGGAUAUGUUGGAAGACUUUUGCAAAAACUGUUGGUUCAAUUGUUACCGAUGAGCACGAGAAAUGCUUAGAUAUACUUGCUUUGAGUUACAGAAACUUGCCACAUCACUUGAAAGCUUGCUUCAUUUAUAUGUGUGGAUUUGUAACACAGACCGAGAUUCGCGUCCAGUUAUUGGUAAGGUUAUGGAUUGCUGAGGGUUUUUUGACUAACAGAAAGUUAAAGAACUUGGAAAAGUAUGCAGAAGAAUGUUUGGAAGAUCUUGUGAACCGUAGUCUCGUCAUUGUAAAAGAGAGGAAAUCCAAUGGUCGAAUCAAAAGUUGUGCUAUCCAUGAUCUUCUGCAAGACUUAGGCUUGAGAGAGGCUCAAAAGGAGAAUUUCUGUUGUUUCCCUGAACUCUUUGCCUCAGAUGAUACUUUACAUUGUGGUCGUCGUCUCAAUUACCUUGAUGCUGCCUCUAUUGAAGUUCCGUGGAAGCCAUUGCUUCCCCUCUCCCGAACUCUGAUCCUUUCCUAUCACUCGAGAACUCUGAAGGGUUUUAGUCCACAGAUGUAUGGUCCUUUACUAUAUAAACUGUUGAGAGUAUUGCAGAUACUACAUAUUACCUUUGAUUGUUUUCCGCCUCAAGUUUUGCAGCUUGUUCAUUUAAGGUAUCUUGCGCUAGCAGUUUAUGAACCCGAUUGCCCUGAAUUGAUUUCAAGGCUGUGGAACUUACAGACCUUCAUUUUGAAUACAAGUCAUACCGUGAAUCUGCCUGAAACUGUAUGGGAAAUGGAAAACUUAAGGCAUGUCUGUUUGGGUAAAGGAUGUUUUUUACCUAAUCCCGCGUCUGGCUUCAAUGGGAUUUCUAAGGUUUUAACGAAUCUACAAACAAUAACCUAUAUGGAUAUUGCUAGUUGUACAAGAGAAGUGGUCGUUAAUGUUCCAAAUCUCAAGAAAUUGUCAAUACAUGGACGCGGAGAAUGUAGUAGCAGUGAGCCAUCAUCAUCCUAUUACCUCAGUAAUCUUCGCUACUUGAAGCAGCUUUGCUACCACAAGUUGUCAAGCAUGGAUUUUUUCCCGUCAAGUCUGAAGAAGUUGGUUCUGCAGAGGUGUUCUUCUCUCCCACGUGGAUUUACGAACACUCUUUCUAGCUUACCCAAUCUUGAGAUUCUUAAACUGAUGUGUGUAAAAUUCGAGCAACAGACUUGGAAUCUGACUGAAGAAGUGUUCAGUAACUUGAAGUACCUAAAACUGGAUUCUCCCAAGCUUGUUGUAUGGGAUGCUAGCUCGGUAAACUUUCCAAACCUGGAACAUCUAGUGCUAGAACAUUGUUACUCUAUCGAGAAUAUGCCUCAUGAAAUAGAGAACAUUUGUACGUUACAAUGCAUUGAGGUACGUUCGUGUUGUGUGAUUGUGGAAAUGUUUGUUCAAAGAGUACAAGAGGAAGUGAAGAAUAUGGGGAAUGACAGCCUCAAUGUAUCUAUCCAGGAUAUGGCAACAUCAUUCUUUCUGUUGAGCAAUGAGUUAUGGAGUGGAAUAGAGUUCAACGAACUAAAAAACGCGCAAGAAGAAAGAGGUAUUUCGUUAGCCAAAAUGCAAAAAUUCUCAAAAAAAUUCUCACAUUUUGGCAGCUGGAUAUGAUUUUUGAGUUACUAUGUUCAAUUUAAGACUUGAAUACAAGAUUUGGAUCAAAGUUAUUGAGUUGGGCCGAACUGUGCUCUCUUUCGUA